GGAUGUAUGAUGCCGUGUAUAAGAAUCUGGUGCAGUUGUCUUUUUUUGUCUGUUAUGAUUCUUUGGACAUGCAUAGUUUGCCAACUGUAAGAAGCCACCCGUGGUAUUGGGUGACGAAGUAGGUCAGCCAGUCAAAAGCAUUGCAUUUGGUUGUGUGUGUAUUGGGUCUCACUGCAAGAAUCUCCACUGUCAUGGUUGGAUUGAAGAGAUUCUGUUUCAGGUUACGAUUGGGAAGGAAUUACGGAAUGUAAAGAUUGUAUCCGGUUAGAGUAACAUGAGUUGAUAUGGAAUUGGUGAUGGAGCAACUAGUUAGAUCAGCGCUGAUGUCACUAUAACCGGAUGUCGGAGACAGACGGAGCCGGUUUAACAGUUACACCACGCUGUUCUUGUCUUCAUCUUUCUCUCCCUCACUCCUUUUGUAUGCACGCCUUCGUGUUCCUGUUUAGUGUGGGUUGAUUUCUGGUUAGGGUUUGGCUGUUCUUUGUCUGUGAUUGCUGCUUCUCGAUGCCCGACCUGUUGUCGACUUUCACUCCUCUUUUGGGACGUGACUUGCUGUUUCUUGGGAGGAUUUCACCAGGCCUCAGUUGCCUGCAUUUUCUGGCGUCCUCUUACUUAGUUCGCCUUCCCAGAGAAGACCAAUAUGGGGACCAGAAACCGCAUGCUGGCACUCAACUCGCGCGCUGGGGCUCAGAAUGGUCGUCAUAGUCCAUAUGGCCAGGUUAGAUCAUCGAUGGGAGGGUCAGCAGGUAUGGGCGGAGGACCAAUGCCAGCAAUACUGGAGCAAAAAAUACAAUCUCAGCACAUGGAGAUACAGAGUCUCCUUUCAGAGAAUCAACGUCUUGCAGCGACUCAUGUUGCUCUUCGGCAGGAACUAGCCUCUGCACAACAGGAAAUGGCACGUUUAACUGCGAUGCUUACAGGUGUACAAUCAGAGAAGGAAGCCCAGAUAAGGUCCCUUAUUGAGAAGUCGGCAAAACUAGAAUCGGAACUGCGAUCUACUGAGAAUGUGAGGCAAGACCUUGUUCAAGCCCGAGCAGAUUGUCAAAAGCUGCAUCUACACUCACAAGAUCUGACACAGCAGGUGCGGACAACAACACAGGAACUGCAGCGAGCCCGUACAGAUGUACAACAGAUUCCCAUUUUGCGUGGAGAGAUGGACAACAUUCGAGCAGAGUUACAGCGGGCCAGAACUGCGUUUGAAUUAGAGAAGAAAGUGAAUGCUGAGCAGAUGGAGCACAGGCAAGCCAUGGAACAGAAUCUGUCUGCUAUGGCCAGGGAUUUGGAGAAGCUGCGGACAGAGGCUGUCAAUGCUGAGAAGAGAGCCCGUGCAAAUUCAGGUAAUAUUGUGUACAAUGGAAGUUACAACGGCACGGAUGCUGCGUAUGGUAUAGUGUCACAUUAUGCAGAUGGUUACGGCAUACAUUCUCAGAAGCAAAACUUGGUGAAAAAUUCAAGGAGUGCCUUACAUGAAGGUGGCCCAGCAGCCAAUGGUCUUCAACCUUCUUCCAUCACGCUGGAGAGUGAUUUCGGAAAAUCUAUAGCAGAAGCUGUAAAGAUAACAGCAGCGCAAGCUGUAAACAAUGUUUAUCUUGGUUCUACGGGAGCUCAGGAUCCUUACAGAACAGCUGGUGGGGUAAGACAUACAGCGGAGGAGUGGGCCACGCAUGAAGCACCAAACGGCAAACCCUUCUAUCACAAUCUUCUUACAGGAGCUACGCAGUGGGAAAAACCAGCUGCCUUGGAAAUCCAAAACCAUUCUCAGGUCACGAAUGCGCAAGCACUGCAGACGGCCGCCAACCAUAUACUUGCAAGUCACGCCUUCAGUUCUCUUAUGAAUGGACAAGUUCAGCGAAGUUCUAUCACACCUCAGGUACUGCAGCAGCAGCCAACUGGAGGAAGUCUGAUUUCACAGCACCAAACCAUAACUCAACUAGGUACAAAUGGAGCUCAAAUACCACAAGGGCUAGCGGUUGGGCAGCACCCUGCAGGUUAUGCUGGGGUCCAAGUACAGCAACCAGGUACAUAUGCAUAUCCGAAUGCACAAAUGCAAACGCAACAACCUAAUUCCUAUCUUCAACAUCCUGGAGUGGCUCAAACCCAAGCAGGACUGGUUCAUCAAGCUAUGGCACCAGCAGGAGUUCAGAUACAGACACCAGUUGCUGGCAAUGCAAACCCUCUUAUAUCUGCUCCUGGACAGGCUCCGCAGACAGCAACACCUACUCCUAUGCCGCACCUUGUCCAUGGUCAUCUAAGCUAUCCAGGUGGUGGAGUGCUUCCAGUUCAAGGGCCCACGCACACAGCUAACGGUAUUCAGCACCUCGUCCCAGUUGCUGUGGCACAGCAACCUGUUCUGCAAUCGCCCCAAAAUCAGCCCAACCAGGCCGGGCCUCGGCCAAGUAGUUAUCCUCCUUCAACUGCCCAACAGCAACAGCAACAACAGCAUCAACAACAGCAACAACAGCAGCAACAACAACAACAACAACAACAACAACAACAGGAGACGCAAAAUACUCAAACUUCAACACAGCCUAGUCAAGGUUCUAACAGAGCAGCUGUCCAGACGGUUCCUUCUCCAUCAAAUCAGGCCCAAUCACAAGCUCAAGGGGCAGGUGCGAAGCUUUUUGUAUUCGGUAUCCCUGAAGAUAUGGGUGACAAAAAGUUGGCAGACUUGUUCACCCCGUAUGGUACAGUUAUGUACUCAAAAGUUGGGGUGGAGAAGGAAACAGGGCGUAAUCGAACAUAUGAAAGUUCAAGUUUGAAGUAUGCUUUUCACUUUUCGAGACAGCCGCAUUUUCUUAUUCUCGAAGGUUUGUCAAGAGUACUGACUCUAAGCAGGAUAAAUCUCAAAAUUGUAGAAUGGAUGUCUCUAUCUUGAGUUCAAAAAAACUCAAGAUUUAUGGUAGUAUGAAUGCGACUGCAGGAGUCCUUCCGAUAUCCUUACUGGCAUUGGGUAAAAGUUCUAAAGCCAAGUUGGUGGCUUUCAUAAUGUCAAUUUUGAAUUGAACAGUAUGUAGUAGCUGCCAGCUCUUUCCUAUUAGAGAUCGUGGCACAAACCACAGGUUGAUUUGGCCUGUUGUAUGGUUCUGAGCUUCAGAUUAUCUUGAGGGGAUCUUCGGUCCUGCAUUACCGUAGAAUCAUCACCGUAUUCUCUAGGAAAAUUUAGAGGUUUUAGAACAUGUUCUACUUUUUAAGUGUUAACAAGUCUAUCCUGGUUGGCACAGACAUAGCUAUUAUCAAGCCUUACUCUCUCCUAUCAUGCUUUUCUUGAUCGUGACGGAAAGCCCCCACUUUACCGUGACGAAUUCGGACGGGCCGGGCCUUCUCUCGUAGAUGUAUCAGUACAGCGGUCGUUUUCUCCAACCGAUUGUCAGCAAAUUUAGCUUCAGUUUUUAGUCUGGCCUCAUGCCUUCCUUUGAAACAUUACAGUAGGGGUUUCAAUUUACUUCCACACUCUGCUUGUAUUCAUUUGAUUUGACGUGUUCAUUUUUGUGUUGAUAACCAAAUUUGCUUUAGAGUUCCUUCUUCAUUUUCAUCUUUGUAGAGCCCGUCUAUUGAAGUGGCUACAAUAUUCUCACCUGCGUUAGAAACCUUCCAUUUCCUUGCUUGAAUUUGUCAUGGUCUCGGACCAUUCCUGCUGAGCAAGCCCUUCUUCAACUUCACUGUUCAGAUUUAAGAGUCGUACUGAGAAGUCUUAAGAUUCGUAAUUUGGCAUUUGCCGCACUGUAAACUCAGGAAACUUUUAGUAAAGUUUUCUUUUCGUCAUC